UGGAGAGCAAGAUGCUUUUCACACUGUUCCUGCUGAUCUGCUGGCUUUUCACGGUUCAGCCUGAAACAACACCUGCCAAAAAAAUAAUUCAACACGUAAAAGAAGAUGAAUAUGACAGAGACAUCCACUCUGUGCUGAGAGAGAUGACCGCCACGCUCGCUAAACAGAACGUUCAAAUAAUGUACUUACAGAAAGAAAAUGAAGCUCAGGCAGCCAAACUGAGAGACGUGGACAACCUGAAAGAAGCGAUUCAAGUGCAGGCAGACAAACUGAGGGAGCUGGAAAUGCAGAAGGUGGACAGGAUGAAACAGCAGCUUCAAGCACAUGCAGAAGAACUGAUCACCAUUAAAAAGAGAUCAAAUGUCACUGAAAACCAGGUGGAGGCUCUAAGGAGAGAUGGACAAGUCAAACAGGUGGCUUUCUCAGCCUCUCUGGUGGCUUCAGGGUCAGGAACUCUAGGACCCUAUAAUACAUAUGUACCUCUGGUCUUCAGAUAUGUGGUCACAAACACUGGAAAUGCCUACAACCCAAACACAGGUUUUUUCAUUGCACCGGUGAAAGGAGCCUACCACUUUGAGUUCUACAUCGCUGCACAUGGACACGCUUCACAUGCAUCUGGUGCUGUGUUGGUGAAGAACGGACAACAUAUUUUUAUUGCAUAUGAGCAUCAGUCAUCACACUAUGGAACCUCUUCCAAUGGAGUCACACUGAUACUGGAGGUUGGAGAUGUUGUGUUUUUGCGUCAGUGGCCUAACUCAAAAAUCUUUGACAGUGUAAAUCACCACACCACCUUCAGCGGUCAUCUACUGUUCACCAUGUGAGAGGAAAACAUGUGUUUUUACUCUGCUUUAUUUGUUUUUAUUUUCACAUUAUAUUUGACAGAGCGACAGACAGGAAUUGAAGGAAGAGAGUGGUAUUACACGGAAAAUAUUCACAGGCUUCAGAGACAACAGUCAGAUUGCAGAUAUUCUUGAAAGUUGCAUUAUUGUCGUAAUUUAAGGGAAUCUUUAAUACUUGCUUUAUUUGAAACAUUCUAAAAUGUUCAGAUCAGUGACACAAUCUAUUGACGUGUUGUUUGUCCAACCAGUUCUAAACCACUCCACAUUCACUGUCUGAUGCUUCUUUUUCUGUUUGGUUUCACUUUAUUUCCUAAAAUAGAUUUUAAUCAACAUGAAAAAUUCCUGUGUUUAUAUAAUACCUUAUAAUCGUUGGUCAUAUUUAAAUUUUUUAAGGCUUUUUCUUAAAAUCAUGGGAAUUCUCUCACUUACUGGACUGUUUUUACUUAUACAAGAAUAAACAUAAUCUUCUGAUGUGUCUCAUAUGUGUGAUGUGUGUUUCAUAAAAGCUCAGACAUAUUAUCAUACCAACAGCAGCCUGUGUGUGUUGUGUGAAUAGUAUGACUUUUAUUAUUCUCGUUUAUUUC